AUGAUGCUGAGAGCAGGAGGGGCAGCCACCUCUCUCGCACUGCUGCUGCUGUUGCCGUUGCUGUGCUGUUGCCACCUGUGCCACUCAUUGCGGAUUCCAAAACUCUCAUCCUAUGCAAAAGCAGAGGACAAGCUGUUCAAAUACCUCUUUGGAAACUACCAGAAAUGGGUUCGUCCAGUGGAAUACCUAAACCAAACUAUCUGUGUGAAGUUUGGACUGGCCAUCUCCCAGCUAGUUGAUGUGGAUGAAAAAAACCAGCUAAUGACAACCAAUGUGUGGAUGAAACAGGAGUGGAAUGAUAUGAAACUCAGAUGGAACCCGGAUGACUAUCUGGGCAUCACGACUAUACGAGUCCCCUCUGACAGGAUCUGGCUCCCUGACGUUGUGCUGUAUGAUAAUGCAGAUGGUCGUUUUGAGGGUACUGUCACCAAGGCUGUUGUAAAGUAUGAUGGAACAAUAUCAUGGACACCGCCAGCUAACUACAAAUCAGCCUGCACCAUUGAUGUCACCUUCUUCCCCUUUGACCUCCAGAACUGCUCAAUGAAGUUUGGCUCUUGGACCUAUGAUGGCUCCCAGGUCGACAUCAUUCUCGAGGACUUCCACGUGGACAAGCAGGACUAUUUUGACAAUGGUGAAUGGGAGAUAGUGAAGGCCACAGGCAGCCGUGGUCUGAGGACAGACAGCAGCUCCACCUAUCCUACCAUCACCUACUCCUUCAUUAUCCGGAGGUUGCCUCUUUUCUACACCCUCUUCCUCAUCAUCCCCUGCAUUGGCCUGUCCUUCCUCACCAUCCUUGUCUUCUAUCUGCCCUCCAAUGGUGGUGAGAAGAUCUCUCUCUGCACCUCAGUGCUGGUUUCGCUCACCGUCUUCCUCCUGGUCAUAGAGGAGAUCAUCCCCUCCUCCUCUAAGGCUAUCCCUCUCAUUGGGGAGUACCUGGUCUUCACCAUGAUCUUCGUCACACUCUCCAUCAUCAUUACUGUCUUUGCUAUCAACAUACACCACCGCUCUUCUUCUACACAUCAUGGCAUGGCACCGUGGGUGAAGAGGAUUUUCCUGCAUCGACUGCCGAAGCUGCUGUGUAUGCGCAGCCAUGUGGACCGCUACGCCGCAGCUGGAUUGGCCAGAACAGGAGGAGCGGUCAGACUGGGUUUGAGGAAGGACUCACCUGAGUUCACCCCUCUCCUCUACACCCGACAUAACCUACAAGCAGCUUUGGAUUCUAUCCGCUACAUUACCAUGCAUGUGGUUAAAGAAAAUGAGGUCAGAGAGGUGGUACAGGACUGGAAGUUUGUAGCCCAGGUUCUGGAUCGAAUGUUUCUGUGGGCCUUCCUGCUGGUGUCAAUCCUGGGCUCGGCUCUCCUCUUUAUCCCAGUUAUUUACAAAUGGGCCAGCAUCAUCGUCCCUGACCACACUGGAAGCACCCUCUAA